AUGGAUAACUUAGGAUCGCAUCAACAAGGGGAAAGUCACUUGUUUUACUUUAUUGGCCCUGAAGCCGCAACGUCCGUACUGAUAUUCUACUCAUUCUUCAAAACGCUUGUAGGCAAAGAUGUUGUUGUAGAGCUUAAGAACGACUUAUGCAUCCACGGCACCCUCCACUCCGUUGACCAAUACCACAACUUUCGACUCUCGGACAUAACCGUUACGGACCCAGAAAAACACCCUUACAUGUUGUCUGUUAGGAACUGUUUCAUCAGAGGCUCAAUUGUUCGAUACGUGCAGCUGCCCGCUGAUGAGUGUGACGUCUACGAGCUCCAGAACGCAUCACGAAAGGAAGCCACCCUUGGAAAACAACAGCAGCAACAGCAGGCUACCUGA